AUCCAAGACAGCCUGCCAGCUAUGGAAACCUGCGAGGGACUUCUUUUGAUCCCUCCUGACCGCGGUCAGAUCUUGGGCCGCGCCAUCUGGAAGCCACGAUAUGUAGUUGUCGGGCCUCGCAACGUCCAGAGAGAAGCCCUCACCAACCCGACUGGUCCUCAAACCACAGGCAUAAACCGCAAUGGCGUCCCUCCAAAGAUCCAGCCCAAAAUUCCCGCCAACGACGACUAUUACAUAACCAUUUUCAAGCCCAAGGACGAUUGGGAAGCCUCGUAUCAGUACUCCGUCAGCUCUGUCGUGGACUGUCAAGUCCAAAUGCUCGCCCAUCGCAAACAAGGCCCCGUCCUGCCGACUCUCGUCAUCACGAUCAACGACAAGGAGAAGAAACGGCGUUCUAGUAGAGCUGCUGGUCUGAUCUCCAGCAAAGAAUCUUCCGCCACCACCUUGUGGUUCCGCACACCUCCCGAUGAUCACCACAUUAGUCUCCACGACUGGGCCCGUUUCAUUCUUUCGAGGAAGCUCCCCAUGAGCCCCGAGAGCCCGGCCUCUCCAUCUUUCACCAAUCCGUUUACACAGCAGCGGUCGCGGGAUGUCGAUUAUUUCCCACGACCUCCCAGUGGAAACCCGAAUUCCCGUACCACCUUGCAGCACAAGAACUCGGUGCAGACGUACUCUAGCCGGGAUCGCCCUACUACCUACAGCUCCGAUUCCCCAAGUUUACGGUCAAAGGCGAGUGACGUCUCUUCACCAACCAGCGGCAACCACCCAGCCCACAUGGGCUUCGCCAUGCCGGACCCCAACAAAUACACAACGGUGCUCCCGUCCGAUAUUCCCUCGCCUGUGGCUACGAUGAGCGAUUAUCAAAGAAGCGAACUGAUUGAGGGCUGGACUGUCGCACAAGGGAGAUCGUCUACAGUCAGCUCGCCGAUCCGCGGACGCGGCAGCGUCAGCUCUGGCGGCGCACAGCCUUUUCCUGGGGCCGACUCCAGUUCCCCACCAAAUCAACGAGAGACGAUCCUUGACAGAGCCUUCCAGCUGCGCUGUAUUCCUGGCUCUGAACGUGAGACGCCGGGUGAAGAGAAGCUCACCUCCUUGGCCCGCUUUGAUGCCUUGAUGCGCGAAGCAGACCAAAAGAUGCGUCAGCAGGCAAAGGAGGCGCACGCCGAGAAGAUGGCGAUGCUAAGCGCAUUUGACGAGGAUGACGACUCAUCCGAGGAUGAGACAGAGGAGGAUGAUGAAGACGACGACGACGAAGACCAUGAAGAGUACGCGCAUGAAGCAGAUGCCAAUGGCAACCGUCAGACCUUGAUCCCGCCAAAUGCUCAGCGCGCUCUCGAAUUCCUCGCCAGCCGUCAAGACGACGCAAUGUCACCCCGGUCAGCCGUGAUGAGGAGUUCGCCCGCCAACUUCAGUGUCCCCUUGCAGGCUCCUGCCCGACCACAUACGGCUCAUUCCAAGAUGCGGUCGAGCGUCACGCAAAGGACAACCAGCCAGACUCAGUCCAUGGGCCAGGAAAGGCUCGAUGUGCCGAUCUCUUCAUCCGGUAAGACAUCCGAAGAUGCCAACUUCCGAGCCAGCGGGGGAAAGCGGGCGUCCGGCUCCAGCGCCAAGCGACUUAGCUUCACCGAGUUCACCAAGCGUCUCUCGAGCACCAGCAGCUUACUUCUCGUCCAGACCAACACCAGCGGCGGGAGCAGUCGCCGCAGCAGCGAAUACGACCUAAGUCCCUCUCUGGCACCCAAAGGUGCUUUGAACGCUAGGGGUGUUCCCCCGAAGCCUCACGAUGUCGAACGUGAGGAACAGGAGCGGCAUUAUGGAUGGCGGAACAGCGUCGGAUUCAUAGAAGGCGGCUUGAUCUGA